AUGGCGAUACAUUAUUGGAAGCCAUUGCACUGCAUCAUCCCUUUCGGAAACCUGAAGCAUCCAUCCGGCUCGCGACGGCUGCCACCGUCGCUGCGCCUCCGCGACUGGCAUCCACUCUGCAGAGAUCCCUCCAGAGCGACGCCGACACCGCAUCCCGAAUGCUUCACCCUUCGGUCCACCAUCUGCUUGCGACGCAGACUUCGGAGCAGACACGAUCCCGUUGGAGAUGCUGGUGGCUGCGAUAUUGGCCUAGGCUUCGAGUCUGCAGCCAAGUCGAACCGCCCCCGACACCUGACAUCCGACACCCCUCCUGACUUGGCCCUCCAUCUUCAUCAUCCUGACUUUCAACUCAAGUCUUGCAGCUCUAGCAUUGUGUUCCUCGGCUUUUUGUUUACUUUGCUCGCGACGUAUGAGGUUGCGCAUCAGCAGCAGCGUCGGUAUGCCGAUCGAGCAGGCCCAGCACAUUCAUGA